CUAACGUUCAAAAGAUGGAGCAAACCUGAUUCGCCUGGUAGAUUGACUCCAACAACUCUAACGGCCGUUUAUUAUUACCCUGCACCGCACGUCCACCGCAAUGAAUGAACCUCAUCACCAUCUGCACACAUUUGACAUCUAUCUUUAUCACCGAACACGUGUCAGAAUCUCUAAGGAGGGUCAACCCCAAGAAGUCGUAGAAUCAGGGUGUAGAAUAAACCGGUCAAGUUUCUGAGCCGACGUGGUGGGGCCACGUGAGUGCCCCAAACUGUUAUAAUUUUUAAAAUAGGCAGGUAACAGUCCAUUAGCUAACCCAAGUGGGAGAUCGUGGUUCGUACAGCGGCUCUCUGACUUUUGUUUUUGUCAUUUAACUGACACGUGGGUCCCAUCCCAUCCCACCAUCUCGAUCUAUGUAAAAUAAUAUAAUACAAAAAACUCACCGUUUUACUAUUCUCGCUCCUCCUUUUAUAUUACCACACCACCUUGUUCCACUGGCUCCACUUCCCUAGUUAAACAGCUCAGUUUCCACUCUCGCGACUCACUCUACUUUCUCUUCUCCACAUCUUUCGCUCUGCGUUUCUCCAAGAAACCAGAGAAUGGGGCAUCUCUUUCUUCUUUCCGUCUUCCUGCUACUCUCCAAGAUUGCUUACUCAGGUGCGAGUUACAUUGGAGUGAACUAUGGCAGAACCGCAAACGACCUGCCAUCAGCAGUAAAAGUGGUCGAGCUUCUAAAAUCUCAGGGUUUGGAGCGGGUCAAGGUUUACGACACUGACCCGGCAGUUCUCAAGGCAUUGUCCGGAUCUGGAAUCAAGGUCACUGUAGAUUUACCCAAUGAACUCCUCUUUAACGCAGCCAAACGUCCCUCAUUCGCCUACUCAUGGGUUGAGAGAAAUAUUGCCGCUUACUACCCAUCCACUGAAAUAGAAGCCAUUGCCGUUGGAAACGAGGUUUUCGUGGAUGCCCACAACACCACUCUUUACCUCAUACACGCCAUGAAAAAUGUUCACCAAGCUCUUGUCAAGUACAAUCUGCAUUCCGCCAUUAAAAUAUCGUCCCCCAUUGCCCUGAGUGCUCUGCAGAAUUCGUACCCGUCCUCGGCCGGGUCCUUUCGACCCGAAUUGGUUGACACCGCAAUCAAGCCCAUGUUGGAUUUCCUCCGCCAGACCGGAUCCUACCUCAUGAUAAAUGUCUAUCCAUUCUUCGCCUACGAGGCAAACUCUGACGUCAUCUCUUUGGAUUACGCUUUAUUUAGGGACAACCCAGGUGUCGUUGAUUCGGGUAAUGGGUUAAGGUACUUCAACCUCUUUGACGCCCAAGUCGACGCCGUUUUCGCCGCCAUGACCGCUCUGAAGUACGACGACAUCAAAAUCGUUGUUACCGAAACUGGGUGGCCGUCUAAAGGAGACGAAAAUGAGAUUGGUGCGAGUCCAGAGCAUGCUGCUGCGUACAACGGGAAUCUGGUCCGUAGGAUUCUCACCGGUGGUGGAAGCCCUCUUAGACCCCAAGCAGAUUUCACCGUUUAUAUCUUCGCUUUAUUCAACGAGAACAAGAAGACCGGUCCCACAUCAGAGAGGAACUACGGUCUCUUUUACCCCAACGAAGACAAAGUCUACGACAUUCCCUUCACGGUAGAAGGACUCAAGAAUUACCGUGACAGCCGGUCUCCCGUCAACGGCGGAGGCGGUGUGUCGAAGAGCUCGUCCGGAAACACGUGGUGCGUAGCGAAUGGCGAGGCGGGGAAAGAGAAGCUGCAGGCAGGUCUAGAUUUCGCGUGCGGCGAGGGAGGAGCCGACUGCCGUCCGAUCCAGCCGGAUGCGACGUGUUACGACCCGAACACGCUGGAGGCCCACGCUUCGUUCGCGUUCAACAGUUACUAUCAGAAGCAAAGGCGAGCCGGAGGGUCCUGUUAUUUCGGCGGUGCGGCCUACGUCGUCUCGCAACAGCCCAAGUUUGGAGAAUGCGUGUUCCCGACGGGAUACUGAGGAGAGGAGGAGGAGGGUUUUUUGAGAGAGUAGUAAGUUUAAAAGUAUUUGGGUGGGUCUGUUAGAUGAUAAUUACUGUUCAACUCUACUUUGUUUAUAAGUAAAAGCAAAAAAAAAAAACAUUCACUAAAUUUUAUGGGUCACUUGCACUUUUUCUCUUUUUCUGCUUUUUAUUUGACUAGAAUAGUUAAAACGUUACAAACAGUAUCCUUGGUGGAUUAGGAAAACGGGUGGCACAAGUUGAAUAUGUAAGUAAGAAAUGAUAUAAUUGCAGCAGCACUUUGAAUGAU